AUGAGCACUGUUGAGAAGCAAGCUCGCACGAUUAUGACAGAUCAGGAGUCUAGUUCUUCGACCUCAGACCUCUCAGUCAUCUCUCUCCCAGCAAGACCAGCUUCUGAAAUUUCGACAACAUCAGAACAUCAUCGUCCGGCAGUAAGCAUGCCGACUUCAAUCAAGCAAACAGUCAAGAUCGCUACUAUUCAAGCCGAGCCUGCUUGGAACGAUCUUCAGGGCGGCGUCAACAAGGCCAUCGCAUUGAUCAAGGAGGCUGGGAGCAAUGGUGCGAAUGUUCUCGGCUUUCCUGAAGUUUUCAUCCCAGGCUACCCAUGGGCCAUCUGGUCGCAGUCUGUCAACGAUUGCGCCGCCUUUAUGGAUGAGUAUUUCCGCAACUCUCUUGUAAGGGAGUCGCCUGAGAUGGACCGCAUCCGGGACGCCGUGCGUGAGUCUGGCAUCUCCGUUGUCCUCGGCUAUAGCGAGCGCUACAAUGGCAGUAUCUACAUUGCCCAAUCCUUCAUCGACCCUACUGGAACCAUUGUACACCAUCGCCGCAAAAUCAAACCAACUCACGUUGAACGCGCAUAUUAUGGUGACGGACAGAGCGAAAGUCUGAAAACAACGGUCGAGACCCCCUUUGGCAAGGUGUCAGGCCUCAACUGCUGGGAACAUUCCCAACUCUUGCUCCGAUACUACACCUACUGGCAAGACACAGACAUUCACGUGGCCAGUUGGCCGCUUAUUUGGGACGAGCCCGCCGAUGGCAGUCCGUGGCAGUGGCACAUUACGCCCGAUGCGUCCAAUCGUUUCUCGCAGGUUAUGGCCAUGGAAGGCGAGUGCUUCGUUAUGACUGCCACCCAGAUUCUGACCGAGAAGAAUAGGAAGAGAUGUCUCGUCGAGAACUAUCCAUAUGCUCGUACCCCUGGCGGUGGUUUCAGUAUGAUCUUUGGUCCGGAUGGUAAAGAGUUGGUCAAACCUCUCGACCCGGGCGAGGAGGGUAUCUUGUAUGCCGAUGUGGACUUGAGUACCCGAGCCCUGGCCAAGCAUAAUUUGGAUACUGUCGGCCAUUAUUCCAGACCGGACCUUCUCAGUCUGCGAGUGACCAAGCACAGCGAUAAACAUCCAGGAACCCAAGUUCAUUUUCUUGAGUAA